AGGAAGACGACAAUGGAAGAGCCAUUUCUUCAAAGAGGCGAGGAGUUAAUCUCCGGUACAACGACAUGGCAAAGAAGCCAGCUCACCGUCGAGCUGAAGAAAGUUUGCCUCUUGGCCGCUCCUAUGGCCACCGUGACCAUUUCUCAAUACCUUUUGCCUGUCAUCUCAAUCAUGGUCGCCGGCCACAACGGCGAGCUCCAGCUCUCCGGCGUCGCUCUUGCCACCUCCUUCACAAAUGUAUCCGGUUUCAGCAUUAUGUGGGGGUUAGUGGGUGCUUUGGAGACUCUUUGUGGCCAAGCUUAUGGAGCCAAACAAUACGAAAAAAUCGGAACCUACACAUACGCAGCAAUCGCCUCCAACAUCCCAAUUUGUUUCCUAAUAUCAAUUCUAUGGAUUUACAUCGACAAGCUUUUAAUCUUUCUCGGACAAGACCCUGACAUCUCCAGAGUAGCAGACUCCUACGCCUUUUGGCUCAUACCGGCUUUGUUCGGCCAAGCGGUUGCCAUACCACUAAACCGGUUUCUGAUGACACAAGGGUUGGUUCUUCCUCUGCUCUACGCUGCCGUGGCCACCCUUUUAUUCUACAUCCCGGUUUGCUGGACUUUGGUUUCCGUGUUUGGUCUGGGAAGCAAUGGAGCUGCUUUGGCUAUUAGUAUGUCUUUCUGGUUUUAUGCGUUGAUACUUGCAUGCUAUGUGAGAUUCUCCAGCUCUUGUGAGAAGACUCGCGGCUUUGUAUCCGAUGAUUUCGUGUCUUGUGUCAAACAGUUCUUCCAUUACGGAGUCCCAUCAGCAGCAAUGUUGUGCCUAGAAUGGUGGCUAUUUGAGCUACUCAUACUCUGCUCAGGACUUCUUCCCAACCCGAAACUCGAGACCUCUGUUCUUUCAAUAUGUCUUACAACUGAAACUUUGCACUAUGUAAUUGCAAAUGGAGUCGCGGCGGCUGUGAGCACACGCGUGUCAAACAACCUGGGAGCUGAGAAUCUUCAAGUCGCUAGGUUAUCAGUAAUGGCAGGGCUUUGUCUCUGGCUGAUAGAGUCUAUUUGCUUUAGCACACUUCUCUUCACCUGCAGGAACAUAAUAGGCUACGCAUUCAACAACAGCAAAGAAGUUGUGGACUAUGUCGCGGACCUAUCUCCUUUGCUCUGUCUUUCUUUUAUCCUCGACGGAUUUACUGCAGUCCUCAAUGGUGUUGCUAGGGGAAGUGGUUGGCAACACAUUGGAGCUUGGAACAACGUGGUGGCUUAUUAUCUCGUUGGAGCUCCGGUUGGAGUUUACUUAGCUUUCAGUUGGGGAUUCAACGGAAAAGGACUAUGGUGCGGUGUUGUGGUUGGAUCCGCUGUCCAAGCCACUAUACUAGCUAUUGUCACAGGUUCUAUGAAUUGGAAAGAACAGGCUGAGAAGGCGAGGAAGAGAAUAGUCUCAAGUGAAAAUAGAUUAGCAUAAAUGAAGGGCUUUUCUUUAAUUUUGGUAUACAAAUGUAAUUGUUUUAUUAUAAACAAAUGAAUAAGAAAACCUCAUGAGUGGAUGAUCAGUCCAAAUUUCUUAGGU